AUGGAAGAGGAAUUUCAAGAAUCCGAAAUCAUUUUUCAUGAAAAUAUUGAAAACGAAGAAAAUGAUCGAGAUUACUAUGAAUUUCAAAAUCGCGAUUUGAUCAGUUCAAACUCUAGGGAUUUGCAAAGUAGAAAGAGGUUGAAGCAAAUUUCCAAUUCUGUCCCUAUUAGUAUUCCCGAUAACUUAUCGAGGAAUAAUUUAUGGUUCAAGCACGUGAAAAAUAAUGAAUCGAAUUUUUUUGAAGACGAGGAAUAUGGUGAUGACGGAGAAAUGGUUCCGCCACACAUGAUCACUGACCGGAGAAUCGCCGGAAAAAUGAUGUCAUUUUCAAUUUGUAGUGGUUAUGGAAGGACACUUAAAGGAAGAGAUUUGAGACAAGUAAGGAAUUCGAUUCUUAGGAUGACUGGUUUUCUUGAAACUUAA